CACCACACUUGUGACCAGUUCUGAGGGCAGCACCCUUUCAACAACUUUUGUUGACACCAGCACACCUGUGACCACCUCUACCCAAGUCAGUUCAACUCCUACAAUUCCUGAAGGUACAAGUAUGCCAAUCUCGACUCCUAGUGAAGGAAGCACUCCAUUAACAACUAUUCCUGUCAGCACCACACGUGUGACCAGUUCUGAGGACAGCACCCUUUCAACAAAUUCUGUUGACAUCAGCACAACUGUGACCACUUCUAUCCAGGAAAGUUCAUCUCCUACAACUCCUCAAGCUACAAGUAUGCCAAUCUCAACUCUUAGUGAAGGAAGCACACCAUUAACAAUUAUGCCUGUCAGCACCACAUCGGUGACCAUUUCUCAUCCUAGCACACCUUCAACACGUCCUGUUGACACCAGCACACGUGUGACCAUUUCAACCCAAGUCAGUACUUCUCCUAUAACUCCUGAAGUCACCACCAUGCAAAUCUCAACUCCUACUGUACGAAGCACUCCAUUAACAACUAUUCCUGUCAGCACCAAGCGUGUGACCAGUUCUGAGGGUAGCACCGUUUCAACACCUUCUGUUGACACUAGCACACCUGUGACCAGUUCUACCCAAGUCAGUUCAUCUCCUAAAACUCCUGAAGUCACCACCAUGCCAAUCUGGACUUCUAGUGAAGGAAGCACUCCAUUAACAACCAUUGCUGUCAGCACCACACAUGUGACAAGUUCUGGGGGCAGAACCCUUUCAACACCUUCUGUUGACACCAGCACACCUGUGACCACUUUUACCCAAGUCAGUUCAUCUCCUACAACUCAUGAAGUCACCACCAUGUCAAUCUCAACUCCUAGUGCACGAAGCACUACAUUAACAACUAGUUCUGUGAGCACCACACGUGUGACCAGUUCUGAGGGUAGCACCCCUUCAACAAUUUCUGUUGACAGCAGCACACCUGUACCAACUUCUAACCAAGUCAGUUCAUCUCCUACAACUCCUGAAGUCACCACCAUGCCAAUCUUGCCUCCUAGUGAAGGAAGCACUUCAUUAACAACCAUUCCUGUCACCACCACACGUGUGACCAGUUCUGAGGGCAGAACCCUUUCAACACCUUCCAUUGACACCAGCACACCUGUGACCACUUCUAUCCAAGACAAUUCAUCUCCUAGAACACAUGAAGUCACCAGCAUGCUAAUCUCAACUCCUAGUCACACCUGUGACCACUUCUAUCCAAGUCAGUUCAUCUCCUACAACUCCUGA